AUGGGUAACCAUCACUCUCAACCAGCCGGGGGGGAGGUUGAAGAUACAUCCCCCAAUCACUGCUCUACCAGCUUUAAGGUGCUGGUGGUGUCCCCCCUGUUUGAAGGAAAGCCCCUGCUACAGAGACACAGGUUGGUGAACAGUUGUCUGUCUGAGGAACUAAAGGUGAUACAUGCAUUUGAACAGAAGACGCUGACUCCAGCUCAGUGGGAAGUAGAAAAGAAGAAAUGAGCUGUAGAUGAUCGGAUGUACUGCUCCAUGUGUGCCAGAGCCUGCGGUGCUGAUUACAAACACGUGGCUUAUCAAACAGUCUGACUGGGUUAUCUGAAACCUUACAAGGAACUUUAUUUCCCCUUCCUCUGAUGGAUCAAUGGUCACGGUGUUCGAUAUAAUAAAUAUAUGAGCCAACA